AUGCAUGCGCAGCAGGGCAAGCUUGACCCGCACAAUGCUACUGAUGAGAAGGCGAAGGAGUUACUGGGCAUGAGGACGACAGCCAGCUCUUGGUUUCUCGUGUUUUCGGAAGGCAUUGCUGGGCCGCUAGGGAGGCUGCAAGAGCUCUACAAGACCAUGGUCAACUUGCAAGGGGAUGCCAUGGUCACCGCACCUGACAGGAAAUGGAAGGCACCGGAGACCGAAGAACAGCGGGUGGAGAAGAAGAAACGCCAGGACGAAGCUAAGAAGCGUAAAAUCUCGAAGAAGGCAGAGCAGGAUGUGAAAGAAGAAAAGUGA